ACACGCACACACAUACACACGCACACACAUACACACGCACACACAAGCAACCAGGCAUGGCAACGCACACCGUCAUGGACGAGCGGACAAAGGCCGCGUUGAAGGUUGCGUAUCAACAGGGCGUUGGUGGUGCAGAGGAUGUUGACGUUGACUUUGGUGAUGACGAUCAGAACGUUGAACCGCUGUGGUUCGAGCAGCCUGUGCCCGACGAUGAGACGGCCAGCGUCACAGCCCUUCGAUACACAUGCAAGGCCGGAGCAGGCGUGCUGCACGUCCUGGAUACGGUGGGUGAGUGGCUCGCAGCGUUCUUCGGCAUUACAACACCGCGGUACCAGUAUGUGUUGGACGAUCUCAUCGCACGCCAACGCGAGGUAGAGCGUGCGUGA